CUAGCAGAAGCUGAGGAAGAAAGUUGAAUUAUCUCAUUUUAAUAGUAGUAAUAGAACCUCUAAGGCUAUAUACAUAAAUUAAAUUCAGGUGAAGCAUUUGCUGUAGCAGGCUUAGCAAAAUAAGGGAUCAUGUCUGGGUUUCUGGACAUUUGUCACUGGCCAAGAUGUGAAUGUAUUGAAUUUGGAGAACGAAGAAACCUAGUUGUUUCAAUCAUUUCUGGGAUCAUGUUCUUUUCAGGCUGGUGGUUUUUUAUUGAUGCUGCAGUGCCCACAGAAAAUAAGUUUAACUUUGCCUAUCUUACUCCUGAUAUCAUCUUAACACUGGCCUUUUUCAUGAUCAACUCAGUGUCAAAUGGUCAGAUAAGGGGUGAAUCUUACACUACAGGCUGCUUGGGUCAAACAGGUGCUCGCGUAUGGCUAUUCAUUGGAUUCCUGUUGGCAUUUGGAGCUUUGAUUGCAGCUAGCUGGAUCCUCAUUGGUUUUUAUGUUGUGGGAAAUGUGAAACCAGAUUGGCCUGGAAUAGCAGUAUUUCUGCAAAAUGCACUCAUUUUUUUUAGUGCAUUUGUUUUCAAGUUUGGAAGAACUGAAGACUUAUGGGGGUAGUGGUCAGGCUUGUGAUAAUUUUACAUCAACUGUAAAAUACUUUUUUCAAAGCUUUCUGAACAAACUGGACUUAACUAUUUAUGAAUAUCUUUGGUUUAGCUUCUAGCAUACCUAUAUUAAAGAAAGCCUUGUAUUCAAUGACUUGUUGCUAAAAUAAUAGAUUUGAAUUACAAAGAUUUAUUGAUGAAAAAUGUUUACUGGCAUCAGUAUACUUCAUUUAUUAUAUUUCUGUUUAUUUUAAA